CUGAAACGGCCAUUUUACUGAUUGAGUUUCUUCUGAGGCUAAUCUUGUGACUUAGUAGAUACGCCUAUAUAAGUUUUAGAGUGCAUUGGACUCCCUUGGAUUUGGCAGCAGGCCAUCGUUACCUAAUGAAGUUUACUGGAAUGUGGAAUUGAACAUUUGAAGCUUUCUACCUUCUCCUGAAACAGUGAUAUGCAGAUGGAAUAUGACAGCUUAGUGAGGCCUCAUUAAAAAUGAUUCAAUGAAAACGUGAGAAAACAGGAUGAAUGAAAGGGAGAAAAAAGGCAAAAGGCCAUCAGGAGAGCACAAGAAGUCUGUGAGCAUGGAAGAAAAAGAUGCCACAGUUUUCAGCAAUGAGACCAGAGGCAGUAAAGACAAAGAAUCUACUGACAGAAGGCCCGUCUCCAGUAGGGAGAAAGGGCGGGAUGAACUUAAAGCGAGUAGCAGAAGGGAAACCAUAAAAGCAGCCGAGGAGAAAAAGAAGAGGCAAGAGGAUGAAAAACGCAAAAAGGAGGAUGAGAAACGAAAGAAAAAGGAAGAGGAGAAGUUAAAAGCAGAGGAAGAACAAAGGAAGAAGGAAGAGGAAGAAAAGAAGAAACUAGAAGAGGAGGAAAGGAAGAAACAGGAGGAGGAGGAAAAAAGGCAGAGAGAAGAAGCAGCAGCUAAGCAGAGAGAGAUGGAGGAAGCGUAUCAGUUGCAUCAAGAGGCCUGGGAACGUCAUCAAACAAGAUUAGAACUCCGUAGUAAGAAUCAAAUAGCGCAUGAGAACCGUCCAGAGGAGAGUUUCUUUACCAGGCUGGACUCCAGCCUAAAGAAAAAUACUGCAUUUGUCAAGAAGCUCAGAACUAUUACUGAGCAGCAAAGAGACACACUUUCCAGCGAUUUCAAUAUGCUCAAUUUGAGCAAGUAUAUUGCGGAAGCUGUUGCAUCCAUAGUAGAAGCCAAACUGAAAUUAUCUGAUGUGAACUGUGCUGUUCACCUUUGCUGCCUGUUUCACUUGCGAUACGCUGACUUUUCACCAUUGCUCCUACAAGGCUGGAGAAAGCACUUUGAAGCCAGGAAGGAAGAAAAAACUCCAAACAUUAGCAAGCUGAGGACUGACAUGCGCUUCAUUGCAGAACUGACGAUUUGUGGAAUCUUCACUGACAAAGAAGGCUUGUCACUCAUCUAUGAGCAACUGAAGAAUAUCAUUUGUGCCGAUCGUGAAACUCACACUCAUGUCUCUGUGAUUAUCAGCUUUUGUCGCCACUGUGGAGAUGAUGUGGCCAGUCUGGUGACCAGGAAGAUGAAGCUUGCCUCCGAGAAAUACAACCUGAGCUUCCCUCCCAGUGAGAUCAUCAGCUGUGAGAAGCAGCAGCCCUUCAUGAACCUGUUGAGGGAGUACUUUACCUCUCUGACCAAACAUCUUAAAAAAGAUCAUCGUGAAUUACAGAAUCUGGAGAGACAGAACAGGCGAAUUUUACAUUCAAAAGGAGAACUGAGUGAAGACCGGCACAAGCAGUAUGAGGAAUUUGCUACCUCCUAUCAGAAGUUGUUAGCGAACACACACAGUCUGGCUGACUUGUUGGAUGAGAACAUGCCUGAACUUCCCCAGGAUAAAACUGCACAGGAAGAACAUGGCACUGGCAUAGACAUCUUCACACCAGGGAAGCCUGGAGAAUAUGACCUCGAUGGAGGAAUUUGGGAGGAUGAAGAUGCACGCAACUUCUAUGAAAACCUAAUUGACCUGAAAGCAUUUGUACCUGCCAUAUUGUUUAAAGAUAAUGAGAAGAAUUCGCAGAACAAAGAUUCGAGUAAAGAAGAUUCAAAAGAUUCCAAAGAUGGAAGAGAGUCCAAAGAUGGGAAAGAAUCCAAAGAGUUGGUUGCUACAGAGGAAUUGGAACUAGAACUAGAGAAUCUGGACAUUAAUGAUGAAAUAUUAGAUGAAGAAGGAACAGAAGAAACAGAAGACCUCAGUCAAAAACUGCUAGAGGAGCAUGAGCAAGAUGAAGAAGAAGCCAGCACUGGUUCUCAUCUGAAACUAAUCGUGGAUGCUUUCCUACAGCAGCUGCCUAACUGUGUCAACCGGGACCUUAUAGACAAGGCUGCAAUGGAUUUCUGCAUGAACAUGAAUACGAAAGCCAAUCGAAGGAAGUUGGUCCGAGCCCUGUUCACUGUGCCUCGGCAGAGGUUGGACUUACUUCCAUUUUAUGCCCGUUUGGUUGGCACUUUAUAUCCAUGUAUGACGGAUGUGGCAGAAGACCUUUGUGCCAUGUUAAAAGGAGACUUCAGAUUCCAUGUCAGGAAGAAGGAUCAGAUCAAUAUUGAAACUAAAAACAAAACUGUACGGUUCAUCGGAGAAUUAACAAAGUUUAAAAUGUUCUUGAAGAACGACUCACUUCAUUGUCUAAAGAUGCUCUUGGCUGAUUUUUCCCACCACCAUAUUGAAAUGGCCUGCACACUCCUGGAGACAACUGGUCGUUUUCUUUUCCGGUCACCUGAUUCCCAUUUGAGGACAAGUGUUCUUUUGGAGCAAAUGAUGCGCAAGAAACAAGCAAUGCAUUUAGAUGCUCGUUAUGUUACAAUGGUGGAAAAUGCAUACUAUUACUGUAAUCCGCCCCCUGUCGAGAAAACAGUGAGGAAGAAGCGCCCUCCCCUUCAAGAAUAUAUCCGCAAACUUCUUUACAAGGACUUGUCCAAGGUCACGACUGAAAAGGUGUUGAGACAGAUGCGGAAAUUGGCAUGGCAUGAUCCAGAGGUGAAGGAAUAUGUUAUUAAUUGCAUGAUCAACAUCUGGAAUGUCAAAUAUAACAGUAUUCACUGUGUUGCUAACCUAUUGGCGGGUUUAGUGCCAUACCAAGAAGAUGUGGGAAUUCACGUUGUGGAUGGAGUGCUGGAAGACAUCCGUCUGGGAAUGGAGGUCAAUCAACCCAAGUUCAACCAGAGGCGUAUUAGCAGUGUUAAGUUCCUUGGGGAAUUGUACAAUUACAGGAUGGUGGAAUCUGCAGUCAUCUUCCGAAUUUUGUAUUCCUUUAUUACAUUUGGUGUAAGCGCUGAUGGCAGUGCGACACCUCUGGAUCCACCAGAGCAUUUAUUCCGUAUUCGACUAGUUUGUACACUGCUGGACACUUGUGGGCAGUACUUUGACAGAGGUUCCAGCAAACGGAAGUUGGACUGUUUUCUUGUAUAUUUUCAGCGUUAUAUCUGGUGGAAGAAGAGUUUAGAUGUGUGGACGAAAGAUCACCCUUUCCCUAUUGAUGUCGACUAUAUGAUUAGUGACAUACUUGAGCUGCUUCGACCAAAGAUGAAAUUCUGUGGCUCCCUUGAAGAGGCCAUAAAACAGGUUCAGGAACUCGAACGCGAGUUCUUGAUUAAACUAGGUCUUGUAAUUGAUGGGAAAGAUUCCAAGUCGGACAAAUUAUCUGGUCUGGGGGAAGGGGAAGAAAAUCAGGAUGAUGAUGACGAUGAUGAGGAGGAAGAGGGUGGAGCAGAAACAGAGGAACAGUCUGGGAAUGAAAGUGAAAUGAAUGAACAUGAAGAAGAGGAUGCUUCUGAGAAUGAAGAUGAUGAAGAAGAGGAGGAGGAAAAUACAGAUUACUUGACUGACUCCAAUAAGGAAAAUGAAACUGAUGAGGACAACAAUGAGGUGAUGAUCAAGGGCGGAGGCUUAAAGCAUCUUCCUUGUGCAGAAGAUGAAGAAUUCAUUCAAGCAUUGGAUAAAAUGAUGCUCGAAAAUCUGCAGCAGCGAUCUGGCGAGUCUGUCAAAGUGCACCAGUUAGAUGUGGCUAUUCCACUGCAACUAAAAAGCCAACUGAAGAAAGGUCCUCCACCCCAAGGAGGAGGAGAAGGCGAUUCAGAAAAUUCAGAAACCAUGCAGUUUGUGAUGCUCACCAGAAGAGGGAACAAACAACAGUUUAAAAUACUGAACGUACCAAUGAAUUCGCAGCUUGCUGCAAAUCACUGGAAUCAGCAACAGGCAGAACAAGAAGAAAGAAUGCGUAUGAAGAAGCUGACGCUCGAUAUUAAUGAACGGCAAGAACAGGAAGAUUACCAGGAGAUGUUACAAUCCCUGGCACAGCGUCCAGCUCCAGCAAAUACCAAUCGUGAGCGUCGACCACGGUAUCAGCAUCCGAAAGGAGCACCAAAUGCUGAUCUCAUCUUCAAGACAGGGGGGAGGCGACGUUGAUGUUAGUGACAGGUGGCACUUUGACUUGCCCUCUGUAUCUCUGAUAUCAAAGGUAUCUGAGUCCUCCCAUCGAGAGCAGUGGACACACCUCACCAUGGCUGUCUAGAGAUCAACACGUGCCUGGUAUGUGCCAGGCCUUGGGCAGACAUUGCAGCCUCCGACAAUAGCGUAAAGUGGCUGGCAGGCUAAACAAAACGAGAAUUGAUAAUGCAUCUACAAGAACACUGCUAAGUGUUAAUUCUUAUACAUCAUUUGGCACCUUUUAGAAUGAGAUUGAAAUUGUGAGGUGGCCUAUGUGUCAGUAAGUAGUAAAACAAAAGAAAAAUCCAUUUAAUUAAGGAUGGGGAUUACUUCUCAAGUCGAAGACAUUUUGGCUUCAUUCAUCAGUAUCUUCUGGUUUCAGAAUUUUAAACUUUGUGCGAAUGUAAACAUUCUUCAUAUAAAAAUAUUGAAAUUUGAUAUGAAAUGGCAGAAGAGAAGGAAGACAGUUUUUUUUUGUUGAAUGGAAAGUGAAUCAUAAAAAGGCAUUAAUCCUUCCAUGAGGGUCAUAUGGUCGGCGCUGAAGGGAGGGAGGGAGGGUGAGAGAUGAGGGAAAUGUUUUUCCCAUAAACAAUUUGGUUGGCACUUUGUGAAAACUUGGCUGUACUCCUGGAUAAUGGGGCAACGAUAUUGAGCUCAACAUCCCAGAUCCUAUGUGGUUUCUGCUUAUGGGUGCUACUUAAAAGUCUGUAAUUGUUUUUUGCUGUCACUGAUUAGAAGAGGUUUCAGUUUUAUUCAUAAAAGAAGUUAGUCCCAGAAUUGCAGAUAUAAAGCCAACCUUACAAUUGCCAUCCAAUAGAACAUGUUGGCCGUGGAAACCAAUAGUAGGGCAAAGGAGCAUCUAAUUCAGUUUUGUUUUUACAUUCAGUUUUUGGAAUUCUUUCAAAUAUUUGUAAACUUAUAAAACCUUUGUUUAUUUUCCACUCUUUUGGCGACACAGAUGAACGCACGAACGUAGACUCGGGUGGGUUUGAAUUUUUUUGCACAAAAAUUGUCAUCUGGUUGUCAGUUCAACUGCAGUUGUGAGCAAACCCAUUUGCUUAAAUGUGUUUAUGAAGGUACAGCUAUAUGCAUCAAACAGAUGUCACUUUAGCAAAUUUAUUUGUAAUAGCACUGUAAUUUCAGUUUAAUGCUUGCCAUUGUUUGUUUCUUCUGUUUGUAGUAUCUGCUUGUAUAAUACUUAGUGGAAGCUAAGUGUAGAAGUAUAUGUUUGGCUUUAAGACACUGCAUGGUCUAAUUCAUGAGUUGCUAAACUUUUGGCUGUUGCCAGUCUUGCAGUAAAAAAGAAAGUUGUUGACCUAAUUAAGUUUCUGCUCAGAGUUUUUGUGCACACAGGCACGCGUGUAUUUUAAAUGACGCAGAAUGAGGAGGACUAAAAGUAAUGGUGAUGCUGUGUAUAAGGCAUUAAAGUUCAUUUCAUCAAUGUUUUCCAAAAUCAUCCUAGCUUUUGGCUCUUGAAGGCCUCUCUGGUUGCUAUCUGACUUUGAUGGAUUUCUGAAACUAUGUGUAACAUUAUCACAUCCAGAAAAGGCAAAUUUGUUCAUAUAUAGAAUGCAGAUUCAAGCUCUUCGCUGCACGAACUGCUUAAGUUCCAAUUUACUGCUUAAGAGCUGAUAAUGUUUGGGGGGGGGGGGGAAAUGAAGAUAUUAAAUCAUCGUUUAUCCCUGUACACCCACAUGACUAACUUCUCCAUGGUCGAUUCAUUAAUAACCAUGAAUUUCAAAAGAUUUUGGGAACUUCAAUUAUUACAUGUCCCAAAUCCAUUGGGUUAGAAGCAAAAUUACCUAACGAGUUAUUGAGAAACUGCACACUAGUAUUUCAAAUUUGGAACCAAAACCAGCCCAUCCUGUUGGAAUUAAAGUCUGCUUUGUCAGUCCUUGGCCAGCUUCAUGUCUGCUUCAUAUGGAAACCCUUCAAAAUGCUGAAGAUUUUCCAAAACAAACUAUUGAGAAAUCCAGACAGGUAAAGCUUUCCUGAUAGCUAUGCAUCCCGCUGCGUGGAUACCGUCUCUCACUUAGAUCAACUGAGCUUGAAGAGUCUAGGUCUAGAGUUCUUUACAUGUCCAUGGGUAUUGCUGGAAUUUAUUGUUAUAGAUCCACUGUUUGCAGACUAUAGAAACAAGCUUCUUGCUCUGCCACCUGGGACCAACUAAUCUGAUGUAGCAGGAUUGCUUGAAGCUGAGAAAAAAAUUCCAAGAUUCCCAGGUAGGUCCAUUCCUUCAAGGCUUCAAUAAUAAACCAGGAUGACCAGUCUGUCAUUAAUAAAUCCUGGGAUACAGCUAAACUUCUCAACUUUGGUGUCUGACUGCCCGAUCUACUUUACAAAAUUGUAGUAUUCUAUCACUUGGCACGAUUAAUUUUCAUACCCUCUGCCCAGAGAAUGGAAAUUAGACAGCUGAUGGCAUGGGUUUCAGCACCUUGUUAUGUGAAUGGAAAAUGUCAGUAACACAACAAGUGCAUGAUGAAUAGCCCAGCAUAUAAUGGUUGCUUGGGUUUCAGGAUUAUUUGUGAAAUGGAUUUCAACUUUGUUCCUGGUGAGGAUAGAAGAAUUGCAGAAAAUGGCUCCUAAUUUGGCCUAAACUUGGCAAUCAAGGGGCAGGCUGACAUGGCAACUGUGAGAGGGAUACAAGAGGAAUGUUCCUUUUUAAGCUGAGGAUCAGAAUAUGUCAUGAGACAGAGUAGAAGAAAUUUUCAGUCUGUACCUGACCCUAAAACAAUAUGGUGCUGAUCCUGGGUGAUUGAAAUUGGAAAAUUAUUCAGAAAUUACAUUUCCCAAAGGCUACACCAGUCACUCUGAUGCUUAGUUUAAACUGCAUGUGGAAGUAUGUGGAUGUCAGGUAAGUACAAGAAAUGGAUUCACUGUGUCAACUACCAUGAUCCAUUCACCUUAUUGACACUCCCAAGGCUGAAAUAAGAAGACUUGCAUAUGGAUAUGGUGAUGGACUGUCACAGGCAUCAUUCCUCACAAGGACUCAGGACUUCCAGGGAGAGGGGUGGGAAGAGUAUAAUGUUAUGCAUCAUGCUGUACAAUAAAGGUUAUUUUUGACUGUAAAAUGAGCAGCACGGCUAGGUUGGCUAAAUUGGUGGAAAUUUUGUACAUGUUCGUGUGCUCCUGUUCAGUAGCUCCUUGUAUUAAAACAAAUUGCAUUUUCAGAAAUGUUCUUUGACUGUGAAGUGUUUUAGGGUGAAAUAAGUUCACGAAAAAUCCUGUAUAAAUGCAAGCUCUUUAAUUGUAUAGUAUUGAAGUGUUCCUUUCUGCCUCUGUUGUGAAUCACAAAUUCCUAACAAUUUCAGUGUUUUAAAUUUUAAAAGCUAAUAGUUUGCUUUGUUAACAAUUCAUUGUUUCGUGAUAUGUUGUGAAAUUCAUAUUUUGGGAUUUGAAUGUUGCGCAGAUUGAAUCUCAACUGUUUGUGUGGUCAACAUAAUUCCUGUUCUACUGGAACAGUUAAUAAAAAGAAUGAGAGGCAUGUAAUGCUAGCAACAUUAAACUAAUGAAUUAGUACUUC